AGUUCCAUUAUCUCUGUGGAGUUGUCAUGAUUACUGACCUCUUCAUAUAUGCAGAAAUACAGGCCCAAACCAGCAUGAUAAUUUUGUUUACCCAGCCAUUUGGAUGAAGUGAGGUAUACCACGGAUAGGCCUACCUAGGCUUUGGAACAGGAGUACAACAAGUGCUGAUAGUGAUCAAGACAAGAUCUAGUGGAAUAACCAACUGGAGUCGGCAGUGCAUGGUGAACAAAAUUUGCAUACAAGCAAAUUUGGUAGCAUUUCUCAAUCUUUGAAAGGGUUUCUUCAACAGGAUAUAACUAUAAAGGAUCAUAGAACUCAGGAGGAGAGAGAAUAUACCUUAGGAUACAACGUAAGGUCACUCGGCAUAAACAGAACGAGCUUAUGGUGACAUUCCUGAUAAUAGAUUUCAGUUAGAUCGUUUGUGAGAGUGAAACUUGUACUUUAUAAUGUCUGUUCAUUCGCAGAACUAUGUUAUUUGACUCUGCGAUUCAAAAGAGACAGUUUUACAAUAGGAUUCAGUAAGAUUGAACUAAAUUUUCCAAGUAACUUCAUGUUGUGUGAACUAUCACUCGAAGAGAAUGGUAUACAAUUCUUCUUCUCAAGUAUCAUAAGCACAGAUAUUUCGGUUAACUUUUAAGUAUCAAGAAUGUCAGGGGAGGUAAAAGAGGAUGUUCCACUGACCAAGGCCGCUGAGUCAUUAGCUUCGUCAGAUGAAACUGUUGCGGAUGACAGCAAAAAAGUUUACAAGGAAAAACAAGAUGAUGAAGAUGACGAAGAUGAAAACCUGUCAACAUGGAUGAAGUUCAGGCAGUCUGGGUAUUUGGUCAUUAUAGUUUCAUUCUGCGCUUUCGUGAUAGACAAUCUUCUCAUCUUCGGCGUGGAACCUUUACUCCCCGAUAUCCUCCGUGUGAUAACAUACCCCAAUUCUGUCACCGAAUGGGAUGCAAGGAAAAUGUUCAAAGUGGAAAAUGGGAAGGGAGGAAAUGUGACUGGGAACAACACCUAUGAUUAUCUUGAGGAUUCAACCAGGAUUGGAAUAAUAGUUGCAGCCAAACCUGCCGCUUCACUCUUGACCAAUUUCGUCGCUGGUUACGUGGUGGAGCGAUUUGGACACCGCGAGCCUCUCAUUUUUGGCUCCUUCAUACAAGCUAUUGCAUGUGUUGGCUUUGCAUUUGCUCCAAAUUUUGGGCUACUGUUGCUAGCGAGAGCUAUUCAGGGAAUUGGAGCUAGUUUCUCUGUUGUUCCGGCAAUGGCUCUCGUUGCCCACAGGUUCCCUGGUGACGCCGAAAGAUCAAAAGUCAUGGGAUUUGUCGGAAGCGGAGUUCAUGUUGGCUCUGGUCUAGCCUUUCCAUUUGCAGCCUUGACUUAUCAAUUCUUAGGACGGAGAACUCCAUUCUACAUCCUGGCGGCUAUGAGUGUACUUGACGGAAUAAUGCGUCUUUUCAUCAGCGCAAACAAGAAGGACAAGAAGAAGGCUAAUGGCGUGACGAUAAGCGAUUAUUGGUCGAUUUUGACUGACGGUUACAUAAUAGUGGCUAUGGCAGGUCACUUUGCCUUUUACUUUGCGUUUGGCGUCUUCAUGGCUACGGCUCCUGCAUGGAUGAUGAGCAGGCUCCACGCAGAAAUAUGGCAAAUGGGAAUCAUCCUUUUCAUCUCCGUUGUCAUUCUGUUGACCACUCAGAACAUUACCGGAUAUUUUGCCGUGACUCACGGACGCUGGAAGUUUAUCUUUGUAUCAUUCAUCCUAUAUGGAGUACCGAUGUUUUUCUAUCCCUUGUGUAAGACUAUCUGGGAGGUGAUAGCAGUAGAAUUCCCAUUACGUGUAGGAAACGGAAUAUUCCUUGGAAUUAUCUACGCUUUAUUAGGAACUAUCGUCGACCAACGACACAAUUCAAACUAUGGAGUGAUAUACGGCCUUCAUAUGUCAUUCUUUACAUUAGCUGUGAUUAUUGGGCCUCUGGCUGGAGGCUUCUUGUUGAAUUACAUGUCCUUUUCGUGGCUCUACCGUGGGACUGCGAUCUAUGUUUCUCUGCAUGCACUUACAGCCCUAGCUUUCAAAAAGUUCUAACUCGACCAUCAUUAGGAAAGCACCCUUGCUCCUGCCUUUAGCCCUCUCCAAUAUUUAGCGGCGCAAGUACGGUAUAUUCAUUUUCGACAUUUUGAUAGUUGUGUGUUACUUUAUCGAACUUUAUAGAAUAAUUGGCCAUUUUUGGAUGUCUUGGUCUGGAGCAUAGUGGGAUUCUAGUCUAUUCGUUUAGAUGACAAAUGGGCUAUGGUUGUCAAGCUGACAAUUAGUUGUUGACCCUGUAAUCAAUAUGGCAAUGGACACCUGAUUUUGAUACAUGACAUAGGAGAAGGAAAUUCAUGCCACUGCAAAAACAAUUUCUUCAUCUCAAUAUUAAAAGGUCACAUGACUUCAUUGUGCUCUAAACAGGUUUCAAAUGUGUGAUACGGGGUCACUUUAACACAAAUUAACAUUUCUAGACUUAUAAAUGACGGUGUGUAUGUGAAUGUGAUUUUAUUCCUUAUAUCCAAAAUACAAAUUUUGUCUGAUC